AUAACGACUUCCUUGCCAGAUUUUGGUAAAUCAUGGCCACCUUCAGAAAAGGUUUACUGUUUGUUCCCCGGUGUUACCAAGUUCGACAUGGGGGGAAGAUCAACAUUCAGAAACCGAGGAAGGGGACUGUGGAGCGGAGAACAUUCGAGGCUCUCACCGAACCACUUCUGAGUGUCGAGUUACGGAAACCCUCGGAGAUAUGUGCAGAGAAACGAUUAAAACUCAUAAACACACUGAAAGAGGUAAACCCAUAUGAAGAAUUUGUGUUCCGGCGCUAUAAGCAGAUGUUUGAGUCACACAGUAUGAUCAUUGCCUGUCAGUUGUUGCCGGUGAAAGCCAAGGAACAGACUGAGUUGCGGAAUAAACUGCUCAAGAAGGGCAUGGAUUUGAAGUGCUUCAGUAACAACCUCAUGAAGCGAGCAGUUGAAGAUACCAAAUGGGCCAAUAUGGCUGCCUUGUUUAGUGGUAAAAAUGUUUAUGUUGUCAGCAGUACGCCCAAUGUUGCCAGCAUGAUGAAGAUCUUGCAGAAAUCACGUGAAGUUUAUGUGCUUGGUGGUCUGGUUGAGAACUACCUGCUGUCUAAAGAAGGCUUACAGAGGUGUGCCAAGCUGCCGGGUAUUGAGGGUCUGUACGGGGAGCUGGUCCACGUGUUGAAUUCGUGUGCGUCUCGCACGCACAGCCUGCUCGGCCAACACCAGCAGACACUGUCCUCAUAUCUAGAACAGCACGUCAAACAGGAGCAGGAUGAUUCAGAGAGGAGCAGUUAGCAUGCGAAGAAAAAACUUAUAUAAAAUUUAAAACUGAAUUUGUGAAAGGCAUAUCUAGAACAACACGUCAAACAGGGUCAGGAGGAUACAGAGAGGAGCAGUUAGCAUGCGAAGAACAAAUAAGAACAUUUUUUAAAACUGAAUUUGUGAAAGGGAGGGUCGUAUCUAGCGUGUUAUGAGUCAAAAGGGAAGUUAUCCCGCCCUGAAAAAGGUGCUCUAUUUUAAAAAGCAAUUCCACAUGAUAGAAGUGCCUUGUAUGAUAAAGCAAUGAAAUCAUAA